UUCGAAGUUCCGAUUGUCAAAUGUCAAAUUGAACGUCAAACAAACAAGAAAAUCGAUUUCUUGACCCAAUUUUCAUCGUGUUUCCUGGAAAUUACUUCACAAAUCCAUGUCCUCAAUAAUGCAGAAGUGUAACGAUGAUAACAUUCCUUUAGCUGACGACGACCCGCAAGUAAUUAUUACAGAUGAUAUGGAAAACAAUCAUCUAGAUCAUGGUCGGUCGAUGGACUCCCUGCCGAGUUCGUAUACAGGAGGAUCUUCCAGUCCUGGCCUGAAUGGACCAGCGAGCUUCGAACCAGACUCCGGAAUCGACGAGCAAGAGGAGAAAGCGAGACUCAUAUCACAAGUGUUGGAGUUACAGAACACAUUGGAUGAUCUGUCCCAGAGGGUGGACUCAGUAAAAGAAGAAAAUCUGAAAUUACGUUCAGAGAAUCAAGUACUGGGACAGUAUAUAGAAAACUUAAUGUCGGCCUCAUCAGUUUUUCAAUCAACCACUCCUAAUGUACAUAAAAAGUAAUCAUUUGUCAUUCUCUCGCUGUAAAAUUACCCUUUUAACUUUUAUUUAAAAUUGGUGCAAUGGCAGAAAUGUUUGGCAUCUAGACACUGAAAUAAUUUAAUGAUCAAAUUAAAAUGUUUUUAAUUGUAUAUUUUACAAGGCAAUUAUGCUUAUGAUACACUCAAAGCAAUUUGUCAUCAUCUCACCACACCAAGGAAUGAUAUUAGUUGAUGUUGUUAGUUACUAUUGCAAUCAUAAUAAAUAAUUUUACAGUAAAAUGAUUAAUUAUGUUUAAAGAAAUAAUUAAGGAUAUGCUUUCCAGCUAAUGUCAAAUUACAAAAAAUAUGUGAUUUUACACAACAUGCUUCUGCAUUGCAUUGGUAAAAGGUGUGCUUGUACAAUUAGGAAUGUGAUUCAGUAAAAUAAAUAUAAUAUUAUAAAUGGAAAUUAAUGGCUCUCAUGAUUUAUAUAUAAAUUUCUUAAUAUAUUGAUCUGAAUUAUUUUAUUAGGUAUAUAUUAUGAGAAAUUGAUUUGUUUUGUUUUUAUUACAUUCAGUAUUAAUAACACAGAAUUACAAGGAAAUAUUUAGUUUUUAGCAAUAUACCUGUGUAACAAAGUUGUUAUGAUCUCUUAAAUCUGUAUAAGUGUAUGUUUUGAAGUUUUAUAUCACCUUGUACCCAAAGUACCUAAUAUAAUGGCCCAAUAAGGGGCCUUGCAAAUACAUAUUUUAAUUAUUGUUCAACUUAAGUAGUGUUUUGUUUUUUACGUAAAUUGUGUGUAAUGUAACAAAACAAUGAAUAAUUAAAACACUGAUAAAUGUUUAUUGGUAUGGUAAAUUAUAUUUACGAGAGUAAUUACAUCCAUAUUCACAAAUGUUACCUAAGGACAAGGCAGUGCUAUGGUAAAAAGUAUGUUACCCAGUGCUUGUAUCAUGAUUGUGUUGUAAUUACUAAAUAUUGUAACAGGAUAUUUCUUUAUUUCACUGUGAGAUAAGCAAAGCCUCAAAAGCCAAAGUAAAAAAAUCUUAACAUCAAGCAUUCGGGAGUACUGUACGUCCUCAUAGUAUUGUUUGUGAAUAUGGGUGUUAAGUUAAGGGUUUCGUGUGCCUAAAGCACUCUCCCGACAGUCUGGUGUGUUUGUAUAAGCCGGCCCUGCCAGACUAACAAACGUAUAGUCAGGUUAUAUAAAAAAAAUGAGUGUUAAUGUGUGUAAUUAGGUGUUCAUGUGUCAGCACUGCAUACAAAUCACAGUUAUAUAAAUAUAUGUAAAUUAUAUAGAGCUUAGCUUUAUAAAGGCUAUAUACACAGGUAUGUUUAGAAAAUAAUUAUAUAUUAAAAUAUCUCAAUUUAUACACAUUUGCAAAUUGGGCGCAAACUACAUAAAUAAUAUGUGGGGCAAUCGGAUAUAUAAAUUUUGUUUUGGAACUAUGUAAAUUACAUUAAUAAACUUUACGCCCUUUGGAAAAAGGUUAACUAUGGAAUACAUAAUAUUAUAUAAUUGUUGAAAUAAUCCAAUUAAUAAAUACCUAUGUAACUACAUUCCAGAUUUUAUUAAAAUAUAGAAUAGUUAAAAAACUGCUCUCAUUCUAAUAAAUCAAAGUUUUAUUUUUAAGCUCUUAAAUAUAAAUUUUAUUUUGUUUAA